AUCCUGAUGGUGUGGUGACAUCAUUACUUAAGAAUAGUGUAGUAUCCUCCUAUCUUCAUUACAAAAGUCCUGAAUUCAAACUUAAAGAAAGCAAUUUUAGUUUGUAUGAGCUGAUAAAGGAGGCAUUGUCAAGGAUAAACCCUGAAGUGUUAAAAAAUAAUGUUGGAAAGUCAAAGGAUGAUAAGAGGUUAUUGGAACAAGUGUGGCAGAUGGAACUUUACAGAACUAUCUAUAGCUGUUUACCUGAUGAAAUUCACUUGUCAUCAAAUGUCGGACACAUAUAUAAAACAGAUGGACUUGUUGACUUUUAUAUUGCUGAGUUGAACUGGGCAGUUGAAUUGCUUGUUGAUGGGGUUAAGAUGAAGGAACACCAUGGACGUUUCCAGCAUGAUGGAAGAUAUUCAUCAAUACUAUACAUGAAGUCGAAAUUAAAACCCCAAAAUCAAAAUGUUUCGACUUGA